AUGGGCCCUCGCAUCUGGUUCUUGGCCUCCAGCCCUUCCACCGUCGAGUUCGCCGACGUCCUCGACCCCGCGGCCGCCCUCGCCGUGCUUCGCAAGAAGAAGGAUAUCAUCCUCCUUCCUGGUCACUCGGAGGCUCACGAGUUUGCUGAUUUCUGCCGCGAGGUCUUGGGCCUGGACGAUUCACAGAUUCGUUUCACAGAUGACACCAAUACCUUUAUGGUUGAAAGCAACCACGCGGGUGCCGCCACCACCAUUCAGAACAUCAUGGACACGUACCCUUCGGAUGGCGAAACGUUCAUGCUUUACCCCCGCAAGCUGACCAACACCAUGCGCAAGUGGCUUCCCCGCCUGCAAACCCAGGGCCUUCUGGUCUUUGGCGAGGGCACCCCUGGCCUCAAGCAUACCUCGGCUGCCAUUCUCCACCGCCAUGCCCGUGCCCUCGACGAGCUCUCGCUGCUUGAGGAGAUUGCUCCCCAUAUUCGCGUUCGUCGUGGCUUCAUCUGCAGCUGCGUCGAUGAGCUGCUCAAAGCCUACCAAGCGCUCAAGGCCAUCCCUACGGAUCGCCCCGAGACGGAGCAGAUGCUCAUUCUCCACUCAGAGCAGGAGCUGCGCAUGUACGACUUCCCCGUGGGUGACGUUGUUCUUGAGAACUUUGUCACCGACGACGCAGCCGAUAUGCGCCAGCACGUGAUUGUCCACUUUGUGGCCAACCAGCAACUCGAGCCUCUGACCAUUUCUCGCAGCUACCAGGGCGUCAUGCUCUCCGUUCGCUCCUGCCAGACCACGGACGCCGUGCGCGAGACGAUCAGCACCUGGGUUGAUGAGCUUCUGGACAAGACUCGCAUCAACGCCUCGGGCGUCGGCACCUUUGAGUUUGUCAUCGAUAACGAUCAGCCCAUCCUCAUCAACGUCACCAGCGGCUUCACCACCGAGCACUUUGCGUCCCUCUUUUGCCACAACUACUGCCGCAAGAUGCGCAUGUUUGCCUGGACCUUUACCCCCCCGGAGAACCUCGACGUGUGGACCUUCUGGUACCGCCUCUACGAUGCCAACCUCACCUUCCGCCCUGGCAAGAAGCGUUCGACUUCGGGCAUCUUCCCCCUCAACUUCCAAAAGGGCCGCAAGAGCAUCUUUGUGGCGGUUGCCGAUUCGGACGAUGCCGUUUUUCAGCUUCAGCAACAGGCCGAUGCCCUGCUUCGUGACUCGCCCACCGAGGAGUCGCUGGAGCGCGUGAGCCUCGACGCCGACGUGCGUCGCAUCUGGUGCGGCAGCGCCCGCCCCGAGUACCGUCGUCUGACACAGCGUUACAACCUGCCCAACCGCUGCAUUCCGCUCGUGCGCAAGGACCGCGAUUUUGUCAUCCUGCCCGAUCACAAGCUCACCCGUGAGUUCUGGAAUCUCUGCAAGGAGGUUAAGCAGCUUGGUGACGAUCAGGUCUUGUGGACCUCGGACGAGCACUUUGUCAUGGACGAUGAUGUCGACGACGAGAUGGUGGCCCGCAUCAAGGCCAUUGUCACUACCAACCCCAAGGACAAGUUCACCAUUGUCCCCUACUGUGUGACGGCCAACUUUGAGCGCUGGUCGGCGCAGCUCAGCGAGAUUGGCGUCACCGUCUUUGGUGAGGACUUUGAGUGGGUCGAGAAGUAUGGUCACAAGGGCAUCUUGCAUCGUCACAUGAACUCGCUCCAAACGCCCUGCAUCAUGGAGGAAGUGGCACCCAACAUUCGCGUUGCCAAGGGCUACACUUGCGACACGGCCGACGAGCUCGUGGAGGCCUACAAGCUCAUUGGUACGGAGACAGUGGUCAUCAAGCCCGUCUUUGGCGCUGCCGGUGAGGGCAUCAUGUUUGUCAACGAUGUUAACAUCCUGGCCGGUUAUGACUUCCCUAUGGGGCAGGUUAUUCUGGAGGAGUUUCUGGCCCUCGACCGCACCAACGACGGCAUUGUCCUCUCGCCGGCCGUCCACUACCUCGGCAACACCCUCUUUGGCAACGGCCUCGUUGACCAGAUUAUGGUCGGUACCGGUUAUGCCGGCUGGCGCCGCAGCGAGGCCUCCAAGUCGUUCCAGGAGACGUGCUCGCGUGCCAUUAACAAGCUUCUCAAGCACAUGCAGCCCCGUGGCCCCGGUGGCUUUGACUUCUUGUCCGUGGAGGGCGUGCCCUUCCUGACUGACGUCAACACGGGCCGCUUCAAUGGAGCUCACAUGCCCAAGCUCUUCAACGAGAUGUUUGCGCCCGACUGCACCUUCUACUGCUUCAAGUUCAAGCCCCCGCCUACCCUUUCGGCAUCCCAAUUUUGGUUCCGCAUGCAGAGCGCCGAUAUUGCCUUUGUGCCUGGCGAGAGCGAGAGCGGCGUCUUCCCUCUCAUCUACCUUCGCGGUCUCUCUGGCCUCUACAUCUGCCUCGCCAAGACUGACGAGGAGUGCAAGAACCUCUGUGAGUUGGCCAAGAGCUGCCUGGCUGACCGCGUGCCCAUUUCCCGUCCCUCGUCCCCACCUCCAGAGCUGGUCACCACCAUGCGCAUGACCCUGAUCAAGAACGCCCUUGCGCUCUACACGCCGGACCAGAGCCACUACACGGCCCUGCUCAUCGCCGGCUCCCAAAUUGUGGGCUUGCUUUCCGAUGUGGAGGCCGAGAACAUGACCCGCGUACUCAGCGCCACGGGCGGUACCAUCAUCGAUGCCUCGGGCAUGAUUGUGGCCCCGGGCAUGGUUGACCCACACGUGCACGUGACGGGUGGCGGUGGCGAGAUGGGCCCCGCCAGCCGAACGCCCGCCCUGCAGCUGUCUCAGAUUGUGCGUGCCGGUACCACCACUGUGGUUGGCGUCACGGGCACGGACAGCGUGUCGCGCUCCAUGGAGAACCUGCUCACAAAGGUUCGCGCCAUCAACCAGGAGGGUCUGACGGCCUAUAUGUGGACUGGUGCCUAUGUCUUGCCUCCCCCAACCUUGACCGGUUCGGUGAUGCGUGACGUCUGCCUCAUUGAGCAGUGCAUUGGCGUGGGCGAGGUUGCCAUUGCUGAUCACCGCGGCUCUCAGCCCACCGUCACCGACCUUGAGCGGCUCGCGUCCGAGUGCCGCGUCGCUGGCCUUCUGGCCAACAAGGCGGGUGUGGUGCACUGUCAUAUGGGCAGCAACGAGCAGCGUCUGUCCAGCCUCCGCGCUGCCAUCAAGGGCUCAGCCUUGCCCAUCACUGCCUUUUACCCCACCCACAUGUCUCGCAACCGCGAGCUGGCCAAUGAGGGUGCCCAAUGGAUCAAGGACGGUGGCUAUGUUGACUUUACCGCCCGCUCAGCUGCCACGGUCAAGGCACUGACUCGCUACUUUGCCAGCGGCGUGAAUCUGGACCGCGUCACCAUCUCCAGCGACGCCGGUGGCUCGUGCCCCUCGUACGACGACAAGGGCGAGCUUUUGCGCUACAAGAUGAUUGAGAGUGACAGCAUGCUGUGGCUGCUCAAGAAGCUUCACCUGGACAUGCAAUGGCCACUCCAGCGCGCACUCCCUCUCUUCUGCAAGAACGCGGCCGAGAUUCUCAAGCUGCCUCAAAAGGGUCGCAUUGGUGUCGGCCUUGACGCUGACAUUAUCCUCAUGUCGGCCGAGACAUUGGAUCUGACUUAUGUGUUUGCGCGCGGCAAGCUGAUGCUGGGCCCCGACCACCUCGAGAAGGGCAUGUUCGAGCAGGUGGACAUUUAAGUUAUCCGACAAGAUGCCACCAGGGCUCAUUGCUUGUUCCAACUCUUUUUGCCUCGUGCGCUUGUCCAGUUCCUCUCCCCCCCGUCUUGACUCGUGACCUUUAGGGAUGGCUUCGUGUCUUACUCACAUGCCAGCAUGUAAAUUUCUUUCUUUCUUUGGUGCUCAAAUUUAUGCAUCAGAUGAACUUUU